UCAGCACAAAAUUUCACUAUCUCAUUCGUAUUGGAGCUGUUUCAAUGUUAUACUGGCAAUACUCGUAGAACUCAUAGGCAUUUUAACGUAUAGACAACAAAAAAUUAUCAUAAAUAUUUGGAAUAUGUCUGAAAGGUCACUAGAUAUACGCCCGCUAACACCAGCGUUGCAGCAGAAGGCGUUAAAUGAGUUGAAUGAGAAGGCCGAAAAUCUAGCGGCGGAUAUCGCAGCGCUCCGAGCUUGGUUGCUCAAACAGCCACACUUGAAGACGCGUCAAAGUGAUCAAUUUCUAGUCAACUUUCUGCGCGGCUGCAAAUUUAGUUUGGAGAAGGCGAAACGCAAACUGGAUCAGUACUACACACUGCGUGCAACAUUGCCAGAACUGAAUCAACACAAUUUCGUCGAUGAUCAACGUAUGCGCGCCAUUAUACGUUUGGGUGUUACGCUCUACUUACCGCUGCCGUUAAUGGAGGACGGUCCAUGCAUAAUGCUAAUACGUCCCGGUAAAUGCAAUCCACACGAAUUCAAUCUAACGGAUUUAUUGCGCGUAAGCUUCCUGCUACAGGAUAUUAGUCUUAUCAGUAAUGACAAUAUGAUUAUUGGUGGUUUCAUGCAAAUCGGCGAUUUUGAGGAUUUCAGCAUGACGCAUUUGUUACAGUUGAGUCCAGCACUAAUGAAACGUUUCGGCUUCUACGUCGAAGAGGGUAUGCCGAUGCGCAUAAAAAAUUCACAUUUCUUUAAUACAGGUGUGAUCUUUGAGAAGUUGUUUGCCACAAUCAAGUUAGUGCUGCCAGCAAAGAUGAUCGAAAGGGUUCAAGUGCACGGCACAUUCGAGUCCCUUUGCGAAGCUGUGCCCAUCAAGUAUCUACCAAAGGAUUAUGGUGGUGAAAAUGGUAGCAUUGAGGAAGUUGCGGCAAAAACUGAGCAGUUAGUCUUAGACUACCGUGAAUAUUUACUGGAUGAACAGAACUAUGGUGUUGAUGAAAAGUUACGCAUUGACGAUGACUCUAAUUUGGGGGCGGCAUUCGGUAUUGAUGGCUCGUUUAGAAAGCUAAAUGUGGAUUAAAUAAAA